CGCGGGCUCCGGGCUCCCUCUCGGGUUCGGGGCUCGGUGCGCGUGGCCGGCCGGGCUUGGCUUGCGGGCGACCGCGGAGUGCGGCCCGGCCCGGCCCCGCGGGUUCUGCGGGGAAAGGAUUGUUUUUGGGGAGUGGCGCUUAUUAGUCGGCACUGCCCUAGUUUAAAGCCCCGCCUUUGGGGUUUUCUGCACAGAUUGUAGCUUUCUGCUGGGAUUUUGGAAUGUCACGGUGUUUUAGUGCUGGGUGUCAGAGGUGAACCAUGGCGAGGUCGUGGGGAGCCCCUGCAGCACCUGCUGGGCGAUGGCAGAGCAGGCUGUGUCUGGGGGUGGGACGGAGAAACGAAGCGUGACUGAGAUCCUGUUUGGAUAUUCUGCUGAAGUUGUCAUGUUUCUGUUCAGUACACCAGUUCACACAGCAAGUUGAUAAACCCAGUUGCAGUAUUUGGUGAUGCAAGGGGUUUGGGUGACAAAUAGACCCGGGGUGAUCUGGUUUGGCUAAGAAUGUUUGGGAUAUCCCAAGCAUCUGUCUCCAACGUAUCACCCUUGGCAGGCUCUUCUUUUUCUCUGUUGCAAAUAUUCUAGUAGGUUAAUAAUGCUGGGGUAGCACAGGCCUGAAACCGGGAAGUGUUUUCAAAAGAGCAAAGGUCCAGGCGGGCAGGUAGGUGGGGUAGGAGAAUCGCCCUUGAGAACGAGGUGCCUGAACGGAUUCUUCGUUUUUCUGUAAUGCCUUAGAAAGAAAGAUAGCCAUAGAGGAUGCCAUCAGUAAGGUUUGUGGCUCGAAUGUUCGUCAAGCACAUUUUAGCGGAAACAGUAUCAUAUAAAGCAGUCUUAUAAUCAUUCCUAUGAAUCGUUCGGUGUAUCUUGAAUUUUAAUAGCUGGGGUCUAUUUUAAAUGGACCACAUAUAAUUGUGUUCUGCUUUAUCUUGGAGACAGCCCUGAGUCAUGCUUUCUAGAAGUUCCGUGAGCUCAUGUGUCUGUGAGCGCUGGGAUAUCCUUUACCUAGUUCUUCCUAUCGCAGGCAGCCCUUGCGGGAACUCCUGGGAAAGGAGGGCCUGGGCAAUUGGGAGCACAGACUGAACUCCGUGUUUGCCACUGUGCCUGACUUCGCUACUCAAAUUUUGUUUGUGCUUCCAAGAGUAAAGAGCGAUUUACUCAGGUUCUCAUUUACUCAUAGCUAGCCCUUCUCUGCUGGGAGGCAGCACAGUGACUUCAGAAUUCCAUUCCUCAUCACUGCCCUGCCAGCUAGUUUUACCUAUGUUGUGUUUAGUUCUGGGAAGGUCAUAAUUGCCCAUUUUAUGUGGAAACUAAGGGGAAGUGGAAUUUUAUGGUUUUAUUUUUUUGUACUCUGACAACACUUUAACUGGAGAGUGUGUGUAUUCUUCUGUUUUGAUACUUUAGAAAACUUAUAAUUUCUUGUAAGACUUUCUGCUUUCUGCCUUCAUCUCCUUUUUUCUAGCCCACAUGAUUGAGAGAGGGGGAGAAAGAGAAAAAAAGUCCAUCUCUGGUUUAGUUAUCGGUAAUUUAGUUUUAUAAUUCCAUUAUCCUGGUGUGCUUGGCAGCUUGUGCUGGCCUGUGUGUGGAUGUUAACUCAUAUGACUCCUUUAGAUGCCAUUGAACCAACUAUUAUAAAAAAUAUUUCACUUUCAAACUCCCAUGUUUCCAAGAACAGAGAAACUUAGUACAAAGGCAAUUUGGAAGUAUGUGGAGGCCUGACUGUCUGUACCCAGCUGCUGAGAGUAAAGAAUGACAGCUGACUGCGUCUCCUCUGAGUCUUCUGGCUCCUGGGCUCCUGAAGACGCAGUGCUGGAGCAGAUGGAUAAUGGAGACUGGGGCUAUAUGAUGACUGACCCAGUCACGUUGAAUGUAGGUGGACACUUGUACACAACGUCCCUUACCACAUUGACACGUUACCCAGAUUCCAUGCUUGGAGCUAUGUUUGGGGGGGACUUCCCCACAGCCCGAGACCCUCAAGGCAAUUACUUCAUUGAUCGAGAUGGACCUCUUUUCCGUUAUGUCCUCAACUUCUUACGAACUUCAGAAUUGACCCUCCCCUUGGAUUUUAAGGAAUUUGAUCUGCUUCGGAAAGAAGCUGAUUUUUACCAGAUUGAACCCUUAAUUCAGUGUCUCAAUGACCCUAAGCCAUUGUAUCCUAUGGAUACUUUUGAAGAAGUUGUAGAGCUGUCUAGUACUCGGAAGCUUUCUAAAUAUUCCAAUCCAGUGGCUGUCAUCAUAACUCAAUUAACCAUCACCACCAAGGUCCAUUCCUUACUAGAAGGCAUCUCAAAUUAUUUCACCAAGUGGAAUAAGCACAUGAUGGACACGAGAGACUGCCAGGUUUCCUUCACCUUUGGACCAUGCGAUUAUCACCAGGAAGUCUCUCUCCGGGUCCACCUGAUGGAAUACAUUACAAAGCAAGGUUUCACUAUCCGAAAUACUCGGGUGCAUCACAUGAGCGAGCGGGCCAAUGAGAACACAGUAGAGCACAACUGGACUUUCUGUAGACUGGCCCGGAAGACAGAUGACUGAUCACUAACCCUCAGGAGAACUUCCUGUAAGCUCAUGUUUUCUUGGGACAUGGAAGAGACUGUUACUGUUUUUUAAAUCAUAGUGUGCCCCCCCUUUUUAAUAUUUGUAUUUAUUUGAAGGCAUUGAGGACCAGAAAGAAGUUCCGUGUGUGAGCAGUCUUCUCCCUGUUUUGUUCCCAAGUAUGCAUGUGCCUGUUCAGAGUCUCCAAAAACCUUUUUUUUUAAAAAGAGAUCUGAAAAUCAUUAUGAUAUAUAAUCUACCCUUAACAGUGCUAAAAUGAUCUGAUAAUGUGGUCCCUAACUCAACUGGAAGGCUAAAAAUACAGUAAUGAAAGAUUAAGCAGAGUAUUCAUGAUGUCUUUGAGAAAAAUCAGAAUAUCAUGUAGGGUGACCUCAUUUCCAGACCAGUAGGCAGCAGUAUAUUAAAGGAAACAUGGCCAGUCAUCUGCUGGUACUUGUUAAGGACCGCUUCCUACAGUUUGACAACUGUUUCUUUCUAUGCAUAUAAAUCAAGCAACCAAAUAUCUGUAGCCAUUGAAAUGUCUGACUAGAAAUAUUUAUAUUGGAUUCUCAAUACAGAAUGUCCCUGUGGUAGAAACCUUAUGCCUGGUACAGUUUCAUUCCCAAGUGUACUGUCUACCAGGAAAGAGAAAUCUAAUAAAAAAUGGAGUAUGAACAUUAAGAGUUGUAUUUAUUGCUAUGUAAGGGGAAAAUCAUAUUCUUUGUCAAAAGUAUGCAUUGUUUAUGUCUCAAUUAAACUGCUUAUAGCACAUUUGUAAUAGAGUUGACAGGACUCAGUGGAACCUUAGAUUUGAGUUCAUAAAGCCAGCUGUGUUACCAGAGGUAAACAGUUUUGUCUUUUCAGAUCGGAUUUACAGUGACUAUUACAGGGUUUUAGCUGCCACAGCUAUGAAUAUGACUCACUCCAGCUUGUGCUACACGUGGGGACAAAAUAACUCCAGCGAUUCUAUUCUCAUGUAUUGUGGUAGCUGCAAAUGUAUGUUUUUAUCAAGCUUAAGUUCAACUCUGAGAAGAAAUAAAUUGCAGUGAAGGAUUGGAAACACUUGGGAAAAUGUAUGUACAUUUGCUUAUUUCAUGGUCGAGUUGAUGUGAUUCUGUUACUCAUUGGAAGGAGUGUGUUAAUUAUGGUGAGACUUUCUAGUUUGUGAACAUCACAUAACAACUUCCCUGUUUUAAGGGAAUUGUGGACUUCUGUGGUUUUGGCCCUAGGGCAGACAAGAUACUUUUCCUCUUCUCUGAGACUAUUCUAAGAUUCUCCCUUUGAAAGGAAGAUGAAAAUAUUUACUUAUGUGUCUCUGAAAAUUUAAGAUUGCCAAACUACCACCCCUUCUCCCGCACACAUAUAAGAAACCCAUGAUUACCUCAUCUUCAAACUAGGAUACUUCAUUGUUAUUGACCGGUUGCUAUAGUUUCAGUAUAUUGAUGAACUGGAGAGAAGUUGUUACUGUUUGGAACAUUUGCUCCUAUUGUAAAUUGAUGUAUGGUUUCCUAAAUAAAGAUCCAAAUUGGUCAUGUGCCAUGGA